AUGCAAGAAGCUAGUGAAGUGAAAUUAUCUCAGCGUAAAACUACACUUGAAGAUCUGUCAGCUGAACUUUUUUUCGAACUAUUCGAUUUUUUCUAUUUUACUGAAUUAUACAAUACAUUCGCUCAUUUAAAUCAACGAAUCGAUGGUUAUUUAGCUCAAUUACCGAAUAUAUACUUAGAUUUGUUGUCAACAAAACAUAAAUUGAUCACAAAAUUCAAUGAUCAUCAACUACAAUGUGUAAAAUCACUGAAACUUAUGAUAUUUGCAGAAGAGAAGCAACAUGAAAAGCAUGAAGCAGUUUUUUAUUCAAUAUCCCAUAAAUUAUUUCAACAAUUACAUUCACUAACCUUACGACUAAUUAUUUCCACUACGGAUCUUCGUAGUAUCAUCGAUCAAUUACCAUUGUUACCAUGCUUAACAUUUUUAAAUAUUACGUUUGAUUUAUAUCAAUUUAAAAUAACGAUAGAUGAUCUCCGAUAUGCGUGUAAAACAAUAUUUCUUUCUUGUACUAAAUUAAAAGCAUUGAAAUUAGCCCUAAUGGAUCACACAGAACAACACAGAAGAACUCACAAUGUGCCACUAUUUAAUCAGUCGAUAACAAGUCAUCUUGAAUAUUUAGAUAUCUAUCAACUCUAUUUCGACGAAUUCGAUUGUAUUUUGUCAUCAUUAUUUUUACCACGAAUAAAAUCUUUGACUGCAACAAUUUAUGACAAUCCAGUACAACGAGAUUUUCCCAACGAGAAAUUAACAUUUGAUUUUUUAACUAAUCUUGUAGUACAUUUCAAUUGGGAAUUUACAUUCACAUAUCUUGAAUCAAUUUUUAAACGAACACCAAAUUUAAAAUCAUUUAUUAUUACAUCUUCUUCAAUAACAAUAAUCGAUGGUCCAAAAUGGCAAUAUUUUUUAUCUAAAUAUUUAUUAAAAGUUAUAAAAUUUCAUUUGCAUGCAAGCGAUUGGGAACAAAGAAGUUGGCUGAUGAGAAACGAAUACACGGACUUUCAAACAUCAACUUAUUGGCGAAGAGAACGAAAUGGUAAUGUUCACAUGGGAUACCAAGAAACUCUCGAUGAAGAAGGCAACGGAAUUAAUUCCAAAUCUGUUACGUUUACAUCGAUGAAAGUUAAAAGUUGGCCAAAAAAGUGUUUAUAUUGUUACUGA